AUGUCAGGUCAAUCAGUUAAUCUUUCCGAGUUACCUUAUUCUGAACAAUGGAAAAUCGUUGGUUAUGUCCAAAUCGCUUGGUUUGCUAUUGUAUUAGCUGCUGCCAUUGCUUCUUAUUUCAAAAGUUUCAGUAUCGUUAAAAAUCAUUUUAAAGGUUUCGCUGUUUCUUUCACUAUUUUCUCCACCUUUAAAUUAGUAGGUGGAAUUACUUCAACUAUAUUAUUUAAAGGUUCUACUUUUAAUUCUGGGGUUUAUAUCGCUACUUAUAUCUUUGAUUCGAUUUCAUUAGGGGCUUUAUUAAGAUCGUUAUUCCCUUUUAUUCAAGUUAUGCUUGAUAAUGGUUUUGAAAAUCAAACUCCUCCAUCUUAUGUUGAUAAAGAUGGUUUAUUAUCUGGUACCGUUAAUAAUGUUAAUCAAAGAGGUGGUUUAAUAAGUGGUUUACUUACUAAAACUGAUAAAAAUGGAAAACCUCAAAAUCCUGUAUUUAGAGUUUUAUUCCUUGUGGUAUUGGCUGCUAUUAUUAUUUCUAUUAUUGGUUCUUCUAAAAUUAGUUUCACCACUCCAAGUUCAGAAGCAAAUAGUUUAUUAAGAGUUUCAUCAAUAUUAUUCAUUGCUGCUAUUGUAUUAUUAUCUAUCCUUCUUGGUUAUAUCUUUUUCACCAGAACUGAAUACGCAAGAUUUGCUGCUAUAAUCGCCUUGGCUAUUCCAUUUGUAUUCAUUAGAUGUCUUUAUUCGGUAUUAUCUUCAUUCCAUGGUGUAAGUUAUACUUCUCCUUAUCUUUUAGUAUUUGGAGAUUAUAAAUAUUAUGCAUUCAUGGCUUUAAUGUGUGAAGGGAUUGCUUCAAUUAUUUAUUUACUCAGUUUAAAUAUUUUCAUUAAUCAUUAUAAAUCAUUAGGUUUAUAA